GGUGGUGGGCGUGCGAGGAGGCCUGGGAGGGUCGUGGAGACAUACCUGACUACCUGCCUUACCUGCCUGGCCCUCCUCCACCUUCUCCGCCUCCUCCUGCUGCUCCGGACGGGCCGUGUCCCUCCCCAGGCAGGCGCGGCAGGGAGCGGGGAGGGCGUUUGGGUGUACCGGGGGGCGUGUCAGGUGGGUGAGGCGUGGGUGGCGUGGGCGCGGCGAGGCGUGUGGGAGCAUUGUCCUCCUGCCUCCCUCCUGCCGCUGCUGGGGGCGCCUCACCUGGCCCACCUGGCACCCCUGGCCGAGGCUGUACCUACAGGGGCCUGACAGCACCUCACGCCCUCUGCUUCCCCCCUUAGUCACUCACCUGUGUCACCUCACCUGUCCGCAUUCCUCAUUAGCAGACCUAUUGGCUCACCUCACCUGUCGAUUAAUUGGCCCACAGCUGCCCCCUACCAGGUGUUGUCAUGCGUGUUGGGAGGUGGUGUGUGUGGUGGUGGUGGUAGUGGUUGCAACACACGCAUCCCUGUUUGGUGUCAUGAUAACCUGCCUGGCCAUUCUUUGCUGGGGUAUCAUCACCUCACCACCUCUCCACCUUGCUCCUCCCAGUGCUGGCCUACAGACACCUGGGGACCUUGAUAGAUUCACCUGAGUUAUUUUGUUGAAGUAGUGUGUUGUUGCAGUACAGAGGUGGUAUUGUGUUAAUGUUGUAAAGGCCUGUUCUGUUUAUUGAUCUCAGGAAUGUCACUCUGAUUCUGAGCGCUGAGCAGAAGGCCCAAGGGUUAUUGCAGUGGUGUGAGUGUGUAUGCGGUGUGCUUAUGUAUGUGCGGGAAAUGUUAAGGACAUGAACGGAGGAGAGCGAAGGCAGGCGCUCCCCAUGGAGGCGGCGGGUGGUGGCGGUGGCGGCGGCGGUGCUGAGGCUGGCGGGGGAGGCAGCAGCAAUGGCGGCAGUAGUGGGAGCAGCACUGCCUCCAGCCAGAAGGAUAUCCUGACGGCACAGCUGCUGCUCAAGAAAGGAAAGCGCUACGCUGCCUCCUACCUGAAGGAUGAGUGCCUCAGGAACCUCUCCCCUGACGACUCUGAGGCACCACAUGCACAGGGGCGCGGGGAGUUCCUGGACCUGGUGCUGACGAUGCUGCUGAAUCCGGCCAUGCCCAUGAAGGACUGGGACACGGUGGACUGGCUCAAAUGGCUCAUGGCUGGAGGAAAGACACCUGACGAAUUCUUCAGUAUAGUUCACCGCUAUGACAAUGCCACCACCUGCGGCCUGGUGUGGACUGCCAAUUUUGUGGCAUACAGGUGUCGCACGUGUGGGAUCUCACCCUGCAUGAGUCUGUGUGCCCAGUGCUUCCAGGAGGGUAACCACGAAGGACAUGACUUCAACAUGUUCAGGUCCCAGGCAGGAGGGGCGUGUGACUGUGGCAACUCAGCGGUCAUGAAAGAGUCUGGGUUCUGCCAUCGCCACGGAUCUCAGGCUCAGCUCAACAAGCCUGAGGUGCCGCCUGACCUGCUGGCCAUUGCGGACGCCCUCAUGCCCCGGAUAUUCCUGCGCUUCAUCCAGCACUGCCGCGAGCACAGUUCUGAGUCACUGAAGCAGGUGCAGGAGGCCAUGGAGGAGUCAUCCCUGUUCCUUGACCUUCUGCAGGAGCUGAGUCGACUUGGGGCGGCCAUGAGAAAGACCAUGACCAAGUCCCUGUGUAACCCCAAGGUUUACCAUGAGCUGACGCAGGGUUCCUCCAGACACCAUGAUGCAGAAUACCUCUCACAGAGCAAGAAGUUGUAUGAGGAGGCCCUCAACAGUAUUCCCUUUGGAGAGGUGCCCCCGGGAUACGAAGAUGUUGCCACCUUGAAUGGGCCUCUCGUUCACAAGACUUUUUUAGACGAAAUAGUGUUUUGGACAGUAAAAUUUGAGUUCCCACAGAAGUUAGUGUGUUUGCUCCUCAACAUGCUGCCUGACACAGAAUAUGAGGAUGCCUUCGCCCGGGCCUUUGUUCAGCACUACAGCCGCAUCUCUGUCAUGCUGGUGAAGAGCGAGGACUCGGAGACCCUCAGCAACCGUGUGGUGCAUGUGUCGGUGCAGCUCUUCUCUGACCAGGACCUGGCAUACCGCAUGACUGACUCCUUCCACCUCCUCCAUGUCAUGAUUGUCAGCCUCAAGAAUAUGAUGAAGUCAAUAUGUGUGCCAUCCACUCUACAUGAUAAGAUGCAAAAUACUCACCACGUUGUCAACUGUGCGAAUGAUGUCAUGAAAAACCACUGCUACUGGCCGCUGGUUUCGGAUCUUAAUAAUGUGCUGUCCCACCGAGCUAUUGCUGUCAAGUUCAUGAGUGACCAUCGCCUCAUCCAGGAGUGGUUCUCAUUCCUCUCCAUGUUCCAAGGAAUGAAUGUCAAUGUGAGGGAGUUAACUCAGCACGUUGAGUUUGAGCCUCAGACGUACUAUGCGGCAUUUAGCGCUGAACUAGAGGCCUCGGCAUCACCUAUGUGGGCGUUGGUCUCCCACCUGCGCGACUCAGACACCUGGGACUACACCUUCUCUGUGCUGCGGGAGUGUCUGCGAGCCCUCAGUACCUGGUUUAAUGCUGUGGGCUUCUCUCACAACGACCUGGGCAAUCCAUACCAGGUGUCCUUCCAUUUGCCACUGCAUCGCUACUACUCUGUGUUCAUGUGUCAGGCAGUGAAGGCACAGGGAGCAUUGCUGAGUGAGGUGCUGCCGUCACAGGACCUGCUACAUCUCAUUAUGGUCCACCCACUCAGGCUGCAGGCUGCCUUCUAUGAGAUCCUGAGUGGCAUGUGGGUGAGAAACGGCCUGCAGAUCAAGGGGCAGGCCAUGACAUACAUCCAGUGCCACUUCUGCAACUCCAUGGUGGACGCUGAUCUCUACCUCCUGCAGAUCUGUGCUGGGGAACUUCCUACCGACAACUUUAUCCUCACUGUAUUAGAUCGGUUUCAUGUACUGGAGUCCCUGAGUGUAUCCCCGAGGGCAUCCAACAGCUUCCUGGACUAUGAGCAUGAGAUGACCAUCCUGGAAUCCUGUCUCACUUUUCUUGCCACACUUGUGACUGUCCGCACUAACAUUGGUCUGAGUGAGAGUGAGCUUGCCAAGUUGGAGAUGGUGACUCUGCUGUGCAUGGGAGACAAGACACACUCUCAGCUGAUGGAGUGCAUGCCAGAGAAGUGUGGCAGUGCAGCACAGAGCAGAGACUUUGAGGCAGUGCUUAGCAAGGUGUCCUCAUAUCGUGCCCCAAACUUUGAGGCAUCCGGCACCAUGCAGCAGGGCAUGUACAUCCCCCGCGAUAAGGUGUGGGAGGACCACUAUGACCCCAUCUAUGUCCUCCUCAGGGCUGUGCAGAGGAGGGACUUCCAAGCCUCUCUGGACAGGUUUAAAUUAUAUUGUAAACAAUCAGGCAACAUCAGCGGCUCUGGGGAUUUGUGGCCUCCAUUUCGCCUGCCCAGUCCAGUCUCCAGCCCAUACACUGACCCCCAGAGGAUAAUUGCCUGCCGGAGUUUUCAUGCUGUGCUCUUCAUGCUGCUGUACAAGUCCCUUAAUGAGGCGUCCACCACAGACCACCUGCUGGCCCUCACUGUGUACCUGCUGGAGCUGACCACAGAGUACCAGGCCCAGCAUCGUUCACAAGGAGGUGAGGUGAUGGCGGCACAGUACUAUGACAGCAUGAUAGAGACGGAUGAGGACAAACCUGACGGACAGUUCUGCAAGUGGUUCACAACGGAUGAUGUGUUUGCCAAUGUGAACUGUGUUGUGUCUAGAGUCCACCUCAACCCAACACCUUCUGUCAGCUCCUGCUCUGAUGGUGAGCUGGAUGGGUCAGAUCUAGAGAUGGAUGAGCUUGAAGGUGGGGAGCCCCGGCUUGCCCUGAGGGGAGCACCGCGCCCCCGGCCGUUGGCUGCUGGAUCGGAGCUAGUCAUUUACCGUCAAGGUGCCACCGCUGUAGUGUCAUCAGGGGUCACCCUGCCCACCACGCCUGACACCCCAACACAGGACCACACCUCACCCCUGGCUCUGCCCCCAACCUCCUCUGCAACCAACAUGCUGGUGCCAGCCCAGUGUGGCACCCCAGAUGGGUCAGCAGCCCAAGCAUCCCUGCUUGGACCUCUGCAGUACCCCAGUCUGUUGGCAGGCAAUGAGGUGGGCCGGAUAGGUAAUGAGGGCAGUGGAAGGGGUGGUGGGGGCAGAGGAGCCCCUGCCUGCAGCAGCCGGGGCCACCAUGGUCGCUGCUUCAUGCUACAGCACCACUUCCACCAGCGGUCACGCCGCCAUCCUGGCCCCCCCAAGGCCCUGCUGCCCCCAUCUGAUGGCUCUCCCCCCUCCCUCCAGGGCUCACCUCCUGUGCCAGAUAUCUCACAUUUCUCAUCAUAUCCUCAGAUAGACUCUGGUGAUGAGUAUGUGUCUGUGGAGGAGUCUAUCAUCUCUUUGCUCAUCAAGCUACACUCCAAGUUGUCUGGGAAGCCCAACUCCUACCGUCCAAACUUCUCUGAUACCUCUGACUCCCGGAUAGGCGAUGGGCCAUUCUUCAUUGCUAAACUGCUGAACAAGCUGGGCCGGUAUGAUGCCUCUGCCAGGAAGGGCAUCCUGGAUACCAUCUCCUGCCUAUAUAGCCAGAAGGAGGAGGAAUCCUCUGCCUCCUCAGAGGAGGAGGCCCGAGCGAGGGAAGAGAAGAGGAAGAGGGCCAGGGAACGCCAAAAGAGGGUCAUGGCAGAGUUUGCAAGCCGCCAGAGACAGUUUAUGGAGCAGAAUAGGGCAGAUGCAGCGGAAUUUGAUGCUGGAGGAGCCGACACAAUGGAGGUGGAGGAGGAGCAAGUAGAACGGCACAAGGAAUACGACUGUGUGAUCUGCAACCAGUCCAUUCCCUCCACUCCAGAGAGACCAGUGGGCCUGGUGGUCUUGCUUCAGGCCACCAGUGUGUUGGGUCACAGAACCUCGUCCCAGAAGCCUCUAAGUGUUCCUACCACGGAUGCAGAGCGGGGGCGGCUCAGGCAGCGGCGGUACACCCUCGGUCAGUACAUGGAAGAGCGUGCUGACACCCUCAACAGACACUUUGACUAUAACUCUUGGUUGGUGUCGAUGAACAUUGGGUGGGAGGGAGGAGUGCAUGUGCAGACCUGUGGCCAUCACCUCCACCUGGACUGCCACCAGUCUUACCUCCUCUCCCUGCGUUCUCAAGAUCGCCCAAACAACCCCCUCAAUGUGGAGAAGGGUGAGUAUUGGUGUCCUUUGUGCCGACAACUUGGGAACUCUGUGCUGCCCAUUUCCCCUGAGAUUGGUGACCUAUCAGCUCUUGUGAAGCAUCCCGCCACCUGUGAUACUAGUUUAAUAGAGGAAGUUGACCGGCUGCUACAUGACUUGACAGUUCCGACGUUUAGCAGUUCCUUGAAGACUGCAAUGGCCCGCAUGAUGGAGGACAUGACGAUGGCCACCCACCCCAAGUACCGCAGCAUGUCCUCCAACCCGUCCACGUCGUCGCUGGUGAUGUUUGUGUCAUCCAUCCUGCGCACCAACCUGGAGGUGGAGCUGGUGCAGUGUGGUGGCACCCUUGUCUCUAACGGCCAUGACCCCAAGAUGGAUGUGAAGCGCUCCUGCCUCAUGCCACUCCUCCAUGUGCUUGGCUGCCACUCCAAGAUCCUGAGUGGGGGAGGGGAUGCCUCGCUGGUGGGUGUGGGGGGCAGCAUACACUGGAUCCGCCAGACGUGGGCAUCCAUCACCCAGCAGUCGGUGGUGGGCAGUGAGGGCGCCGUCACUCUGAGGGAGCGAGAGGUGCCCCUGCUACUGAGGGAUCCUGUCACUUUGCUCCUGCAUCUCAUCCUCCUCUUGCCCUCAAGGAUUGAUCAAGCCUACCUGAAGUGUGUGGUUGGGAACGUGUACCGUGUAGUUGUGGUGGGGGCUGCUGCAUCAGCGUUGCUUUCUCUCACUGAGAGUCAGCGAGAGCAGGCCACAACCAGCGGCCCACUGGCACCCCUGUUGGCCCUGGCCCACAACACCCUGCGCAACAGCCCCUUCUUUUCUGAUGAUCAUGUGCCACAGAGUGAACAUCAACAAAAUACCUGGACACUGAAUGAUGUCACCUGUCAGGUUAGAGAGAACUGCCUCAAUUUCCUGAGGAUAGCAUCCCUACUCAAGGCCCAUCUCAUGGAAGAGAACUCACCAGUGAUAGCUGACCCCAUUGCUGAGUGUGGAGCACUGGAGCAGUACCUGGGUGUGUGGGACACCUGCUCUGUGGUCAACUCUGCCAUCAUGGGCAACAUGUGUGGCACCCACCAUUCCCGGGAAGUGUCUAGUCCUGUGGAGACCUGGCUCGGAGACUUGGCAGCUGGGGCUCGGGUCUGGUGCAGUGAGGUGGCCAGCUUUGCUGCCCAGGCCCAGGUUGCAGCCUCCACCCUUCUCACCACACUCACCUUUGCCCAGCCUCGCCUCCUGCGUCUCCCACACUCCUAUGAUGCCAUCUUUCAGUACUAUCAUAGAAGGCAGUGCUCCCAGUGCAACAGUGUACCCAAGGAUCCCAGUGUAUGCCUCCUUUGUGGCACCAUUGUGUGUCUGAGGGAGUCGUGCUGCAAACAGCAGGAUGUGUGUGAGUGUGUACAGCACGCUAUUGACUGUGGAGCUGGCACGGCCAUAUUCCUGGUGGUGAAUGCCUCUACAGUUAUUGUGAUCCGGGGACCCAGAGUCUGCCUCUGGGGUUGCAUCCAUCUUGACUCCUUUGGGGAAGAGGACAGGGAGUUAAAGCGGGGGAAGCCUCUGUACCUGAGUGAGGACCGCUACCGCCUGCUGGAGCAACAGUGGCUCUCGCACUCCUUCAACCACACCAACCGUCGAUGGAUCUGGCACAGAGAUACACUUUGAGGACUCGAAUCAUUGUAAACGCAAAGAAUAGCCUUGUGUUUUUGAGGUGACAUUAAAGUAAAAGUAGUGUAUUUUCUUGUGUAACUGGGAUUUACAUCACUUUUAUUUUAGUGGAAUCAGUUUGGUUUAUAGGUAAACAAACUGAUACUCUAUGAAAUACUUGGCCUCUACUCUGUUUUGUCCAUAGUGUGUUACAGAUUGUAAAAGCAGUUUUCUUGUCUUGAAUAUGGAAAAAGUUUAAUGCCCUGUAGGCUUAUGAGCAAAGUUCAUCUGCAGUAUUUUAUUGAUUUCAGCCUUUAGAUAGAGUGACUGGGUUGAGAUAAACUUUGCAGUUUGAAACAUCAGCAGAACAACUUGGCCAACUGUCAAGCAUAGUGGUUGAGAGGAGUGGAGGGUCAGCUGGUGUGUCUCUGGCCUUGGGGUCAGGAGCAGCUUAACUUGAGUUGUCGAAACAGAAUUCGGCUGCCAGUGUUUCCCGGAGUAAAAUAUUCUUUGCAUUUACAAUGAUUGCAUUUCUUUAUUAUUAGACUAAUAUCAACAGUAAUAAUCUGACUGCUGUGCUUUCUUUAGAUUCUGUUGGAUAGUUGACAGGUUGUGUGGUGUCUUAAUUUGUGCCCACCUGCACCUUUGAUUGCAACCAGUCAUUGUGAUAGUCCUGUCAGCUGUUGCUUGACAGGAGGGAGGAGUUGCUGUCCCCGCCAGCAGCCUCAGGUUGGAGUCACCUUGUAGAAGUGUGCAUUCAGGUUUCAUUUUAUUGUUAGAAUACUGUUUGUGAUACUGAUUAACAGCAUUUAUUCAGGCCUAUUCCUUUAAAUACUCCAUCAAGAGCAAGGUUUUCAACUAAAAAAAUUUAUGCAGGUAUGCCUAUUGGGCAUUGACUGAAUUUAGCAAUUUUGGGGCAUUUUUACACAAAGUUGUAUUUAGGCAAUACUACUUAACUUCAGAGUGAUGCUAACACCUUGUUUGAAUUCAAAGAUUUUGUUAUAAAAGUUGGUGCUUCUCUGUUAUGCAAGUUUUUUUUUGGUUGGAACAUUUCCAAAAUCUGAGUCUGCUGUGAGUGUGUAGGAGGUGGUGGUGGUGGUGGUGGUGGUGGUGGUGGUAGUGGUGCUGUGCUGGGGAGCUGUGGGUUUUCAACUCAUGAAUGUGACCUGUCUCAGCAGAGCCAAGGAGAUUAACUACUGUAAGUUUAUUACUUCUCAUGAGAGCUCAAGUAAUAUUUAAGUAUACUCUGUAGAAAGCAAAUCUUUCCUCUACAUCCUUUAGAUGAAUUCUCUCCUAUACAUGGUUUUUCAAUGUAUACUUUAGCUAAUCAUACGUAUAAUACGUACACUGUUGAUAUAGUAACUGCAUUGUGAUUUGAAAACUUUAAUGGCUUAAAAUUUUGUAGGCAAAAGGCUGCUAAUCUUUCAGGAAAAAAUGGAUAUAUUUGCAUGACUUUUGAGUACUAUUUGUUUUUUCUUGUUGUUGGUUCAUCAUCCAAUGUGCUGAAGCUAAGAGUUGUCCUGCAUACUAGUGGUCACCCCACACUCAUAGUAAUACUUGUGCUUAUAUAUUUAUAAAUAGUAAAUAUUUGCCCACUUGUACAUUUGAAAAAAGUAAUGGACUGUUAUCUUUGUAUAUUGAUUUUAUGUAUAUUUUUCCUAAGAUCUAGUAGUACUGUAUUAUAUUGUGAGUAAGGAAAGUAUUCAACACAAUAUUUAUUAUAGCGAUGUAAUUUUUUAAACGUUUUCAAAUUGGUGAGGAAGAAAUUCCAGCCCUCUAUUUUUCACACAUUGAGCCAUAAUUUCUAUCAGUAUCACAACCUUCAAGAGGAAUGCUUGUUUUGUGCAUCAGUGCAGCAAAUGUUGUAACACUGUACCCUCCACUUGGCCUUGCAAGCAGGUCAAGAAUAUUAAGACAUUUGCUUCAGAGGAAUCUCCUGUCAGGAGAUAUUAGUUGUAAGGAAGUUUCUCCCUUCCUCCAACUCCUCUUCUCUCUCUCUGAACAUUCACACUUUUCAGUAUGUCAAGAUCUGAAAUAAAUUUUCUUUGGGGUAAACUUAGCACCAAAUUAUCUUUCUAGAUUGCAUUAGUUGGGAAUCAUGAGAGGCUGAUCUUUAAUGAAGCAAACUCAUGAUUGCCUGCAUUCACUUACUGUCACACACACACACACACACACACACACACACACACACACACACACACACACACACACACACACACACACACACACACACACACACACACACACACACACACACACACACACACACACACACACACACACACACACACACACACACACACACACACACCAGUUAACCUGUGCAUAAGUUUGUUUUUGAACUCUUCCUUUGUUGAGCUGUCUCAGCAUUUCAUUGCACAUCCACCUCACCUUGUUCAGUUCACUCUAAAUUCUAGAUAUCAUUUAAAACAGUCUAGUUUGCCAUCAUGAAACAAUUCUUUUCCUCAUACAAAUGUGUGCAGUCUAUUAUUCUUGAGAUUCAAAACUAGUCUUUGAAUUUGCGUGAUUUUUCUUGUUGAAUCUGUCAGAAACUUCCUAGUGUUUAGAUAGAACAUGUGCAUUUUUUUUUAUUAGGUUUUCUUAUUUUGAAAAUCAUUUGUUACUUAUGUAAAGGAGGCACCAUUAACUUUUAAUAUUUUUUAGAUGAAUUUAUAAAUAAACUUUUAGUGGUAACAGUGUGCCUGCAGGCCAGUGGAGGCAACUUGGCUGUGGUGUAAACCUUUUUGUGUCUUUUAGCAAAUAACACUUCAGUGGCAACUAAGAUUAUUUUGUGCAACAGCUAGAAACCAAGGGAAAGUAUGUAACAAUUGCAUGCUCAUCAUAGCACAGAUCACUUGUCUUCAGAGAUUUUAUAUCACUAUUUAUGACUCCACUGUGUUGUGGUGUAAUUACUGGAAAAGUGUCUAUGCACACCACAUUGGUAGUGCAUGGAGGAUGUAAUAUUACAUGUAAAGGAACUUUUUUUCCUUAUAAAAAAAGGGAACUCCCCAUCAAAAAUGAGCCCAAUAAUUUGUGUUGUGGUGAGAAGCACUAUUGUGUUGAUUUCCUCCAAGAUAGUGCCAUGUCUUGAAGUCUGAGGAUGAAAAUAAAAAUAUGCAUGUUGUGAGUGCAGGAUAUUUCAUAUUAAUAGGUUGUCAGAAUAUGGGUACUUCUACUUGCCAUACAGCAUCAUCAGUAUUUUCAAAGUGUGUGCUGAGUCGCCAAACAGGGCUGGGGGAGAACCCUGACAAUGCAUGUGCAAUAUGCUAUACCUCUGUUGGGAAGGUGAAUGGUGGGGUGUGGCUGUGGGUGGGAGUGGUAUGACACACUGCCAGAGUAAUGGCAAUGUGAAGGAUCCCUCUCACAGGAAACAAGUCAUUUGCAGUCUUAUUUUAGAGUACAGUAGGCAGCAAGACCUAGGCAACUUAUCAUCUUUCUCUUUAGAAGCAAGCUAUCAAUGAAGCCCCCACUGGCUGCAUGAUGUGGCUGGCAGCUCUCGUCCACAGCUGCACCUCCUUCAGUAGACUGCUGUAUGAAGCUUUGAAUUCUUCCUAAGGGUUUCUGUUCCCUAGUGGCAUAACUCUCCUACUAUUCAUCACUCUAUGACCAUUGUAUUAUUUAUUACUGUGAAUAGUUUUGUAUGUACUACUUCCUAUUUGUUAUAUUUGUUAUGUAGAGUUUUAAAUUAUGAGUUCUUAUGUUUGUAUAAUAUUUGUUGUAAUCUGUAUAAAAAGCUGUCUAUAAUAAAAUCAUGUUACAUUGUGAAUUAUGAGAAUAAUAGGU